AUGCACAACACCUCCUCAGCUCUAUAUUUGGGCCCAUCGCCUUCCGAUGCAAUAAAAACACAAAUGGCCCCCUCUUUGUUUCAUCUUGACGUCCGUGAAGUUGCCAGAGCUGUCGCCAUGAGUCUACCGGACCUUCAGAGCCUUGCGCUUAUUCUCGUAUUCCUUAUCACUGUCUUUUGGCUUCGUUUCAGACACAAACACCGAACAUUUCUGGCUCACUCAAAGCGCGACGGCAUCAAAAUCAUCCCACCGACCUUUCCUUAUGCCUUCCCCCUACUAGGAAGCCUACCCGUUGCUUAUCUCUGGAAGCCAAAGGCCGUUGUGCUUGAUGAAGUACAUUUUUUUCAGAGUGCGCAUCCAGCCCGGGUCAAAACUCUGAUGGGGGAGUUCUAUGUCAUCAAAGGACCCGAGCAUGUCAAGUCACUAUUCAAAAACUCUGUGCUGUGCACCUCUAUCCCGUUUGUCAAAUUCGCGCUCGGAUACGCGUUUGGUUUGCCAAAGAACGCUUCGGAUCUAUACGACAAAGACAGCUCCGGCACAUCCCAUGUGCCUAUUUCCAGCAACAGUGUGGAACCCCGCAACCGUGUCGACUAUCUGACGCACCGGGCAAUAUCGCAGUUUCUAGAAGGCAAAGGGCUGUCGCCGUUGUACAAAAGAUAUAUCAAAUAUGCCACCAACCAGUUGUAUGAUCUUUACAAUCGUCUCGGAACUAAUUGGACUUCAUAUGACGAUCUGAUGGAGAACGUUGGAGCAGAGGUCACAGUGGCGACCUUUAAUGCCUUUUGUGGGCCUCACCUGCUACGACUGAACCCCAUUUUCCCUCGUGAUUUUUGGAAUUUCGACCGUAACUUGCAGACUUAUCUUCAAGGCAUUCCUCAGAUCUUUGCUCCUAGGGCGUAUGCAGCUCGCAAAAGGGUGAUAGAAGCCAUCAGAACUUGGCAGCAACACGCAAGGGAGAAUUUCGACCCAUCCGCCAUGGACGAAAACGGCGAUGACCCAUUCUGGGGCAGCAGCUUCUUUCGCAAGUCACACGACAUGUUUUUAGCGAUGGAUGGCUUUGAUCACACUGCCGUCGCAUCCACUCACCUCGGAGCAAUAUGGGCAUCAAGAAACUCCGUUGCUACUACUUCCUGGUGUGUCUUCAAUGUUUUUCGCGACCCCGAUUUGCUGAACCGUGUAAGGGCCGAGCUAGAUCCGUGUGCGAUUGAAGGGCAGGAUGGACGAGUCCACUUCGACAUUGACAAGCUACUGCACUUGCCCGUUCUCCAAGCGGUUUACGCAGAGACGCUCCGCUUGAUAAUGCACUUUUACAUCAUUAGAACUUCAGAUAGAAGUGACAUGGAUAUCGAUGACUGGAUCAUCCCAAAGCACAAAGUCGCCGUGACUCCGACUACAGUGGCGCACAUGAAUGCCAAGGCAUGGAACGCUGGUGUGAAAAAUGAACAUCCGGUCGAAAAAUUCUGGAUUGGAAGAUUCUUAGAAUACCCGGAGGAAGAGUCGUCCCCAAAAUUCUCCACCGCCAAUCUAGAGGGAUCUUGGAUUCCUUAUGGUGGCGGGCCUAGAAUAUGUCCUGGUAGGAACUUCGCGAAACGUCAUAUUUUGCUUAAAGUGGCUUUAAUGGUAACUUUGUUUGACUGUGAGAUUUCUCCAGAAGGUAUAGAUCUCCAGGAGGACUCUUCACUGAUGGGAUUUGGCGGUGGUGUAUCCAAUCCGUCAGGUAAGGCGCCAAUGAAAUUGCGGCGAAGAGUCUGA